UACAUACCAAACUAGCCACAUUUAGUUUUAUGACGUCAAGACGGACGUAAUGGAACAAAUAGUUGUGAUUGGUUUGAUUUUUAUUUCUACACUAUUCGCUGACAGUGUAAGUGUCCCGUGCCUGAAUGAUAUAAGUCAAAUAUCUGUGAAUGGGAAAUGCUUCAAAGUGUUUAAAAAUACUACAAAUUGGAAUGGCGCACAGGGUUUCUGUAUCAAAAAUUUUUACAACGGAAAAUUGGCCGAGCCUAUAACACAGAAUGAAUUAAACGCCAUCUAUAAACUGGUAGAUGUGGUGAGGAAUGGAGCGUUAAAUUUCAUCACUUGGAUAGGUGCCAAUGAUUUAGAAGUAGAGGGUCAUUUCGUGUGGGCAUCAGAUAACAGUACAUUGAACCCAGCCCUGUGGGGCAAGAGCACUCCAGAUAACUGGCUGAACCCUUAUACCAAUGAGAGAGAGAAUUGUGUGUCACUAUUUGUCAAUGAGAACUCAACCCGUCUGAAUGAUGCCUCUUGCUCCUUAAAUUACUCUCUCAUCUGUCAGUCAGAUCCAUGUGACACGUAUCUGCCUGGCUCACUGUUCAGUGACAGCAAGUGCUACAAGUAUUAUAACUACGAUCUAACCUGGGAGAAAGCUCAGCAAUAUUGUCUAUAUGCGAAUUCUCAUCUUGCUGAACCAUAUACUGACACGCUCCAAGUUGUAAUAAAUUCUUAUCUGUAUAACAGAACAGCAUGGAUUGGUGGCAGAAAUAAAGAUUGUAGUUCAACUUUUAAAUGGUUUGUCAGUGAAAGCAUAGUAUCUAGUAAUUUCACUAAUUUCACCACAUUUGUGAAAGGCAGCUGUUUGAACACUAGUCUACUAUGGAACAAUGUUGUCAAUACGUCUUCUUGGAAGGCCAGAAAUGAAUUAGAAACGCACGCAUUUGUUUGCGAGAAAGCUAUAACCAGUCUUAACACGCGGAUCUAUUUGGCUCUACUUCCAAGUCUCUCCAAGACCAGUCCACAGUGGGGACAUCUUCAAGCGACCACCAACUUCUCUGAUAUGAUCUACGUCAGGUUUAAAAGCAGCAACAACUCAGAGAACGUGACAAUAUUACCUCUGACCCCAACUUUCAAAUCUGUUCGUUUUAUUGUGGAUGAAAAUCUUUUUCUGACAUCGUCAGAUGUCUAUUAUCGCUAUGUUAGAGUAAACUCUACUCAGCCAGUCACCGUAGUCUUGUAUAUAAUGGACCAGACCAGAACCAGCACCACUUUGGUUUAUCCUGAACAGAUUUAUUUUUCAAAUCUGUUUAAACCCACGUCUUAUCUACCAUUAUCAGCUUUAAGUCAACUGACAGCUGAUGACAUGUCAUUGACAGUAUCAUCGGAGAGUUUGUUCCUCAACAACAUAACUUUGAUUUUAAAUAACUGGUGUACACCAACAUGGGUGAUGGUCGGAACUAUGUCAGUCAAUCUUAACAAUGUUGAAAACAUCACAGUAAACCAGUUGACUCUCUAUCAAACAUUAAACCUAAACCUGCACACAAACCUGGACAGAACCUAUCUCUAUUCAACACAACCCGUCAAAGUCUCACUAGGAACCAUUGGGCUUAUUUCCAAUCUGAUAACUUACGACAGCACUUUAGAAGAAAUGCUUCCAAUAAGUUAUAUAGGCACGUCUUAUGUUGGCAUGUCUGCAUUACUCCCUGGUACACAGACGAAGAUAAAACUGCAGGCAGUCUAUAACUGGACACUUAUAAAUAUUAUAUCCAGCAGCAAUAGUUCUGUAGUUCUGUCAUCUAUUGGUGAUACCUACGAAUUGUUAAUAAAUAAAGACACAGCCUACUCUCUAAACGGAAACAAACACUUUUAUGCCUAUCAAAUAAACUCACGUAAAACAGGCACCAGACAAGAUAUGUGUGUAACAUCACUGCUGUCAUCCAAUGUUUGGAGAUAUGAGUAUGACUUUGUUAGAGUCUCUGCAAACCAUACAGUCUAUAUUUAUAUUUUUGCUGAGAUGAAUGUAUCUUCAGACAUAGUGACCAGUGACGAGUCAGUGCGAUGGACAUGCCGUUUUGUACCAGGUACCCGUUAUAUGGGAUGCACUACGGUUUUGUCAAGCAGUGUGACCUACUUACAUAUUGAACUAGCCAAUAGACAAAGACCUUUUGGAGCUGACGUGCUAGGAUAUGGCCCGACCUCAUCAUUCUGUCAUCCAAUGGGUAUAGCUGACGUGGCACAAUCCUUGAACCUCGAACCAUUUCAACACGACAGCUACUUACAGUCUCUUCAAGACAGAGACCAAUCGAUAUGCAGUAAUGUCAUAACCACCACAUAUAGCAUCUCUACAUCCAGCGACCUCAUCAACUAUACCACCUCAAGUGUUAUCCCUUUGGAAACUACAUCAGAGGUUACCCCUACAGACGCUGCACUAGUAGCGACUCCUUCAGUAGCUGUAGCAGUUGCCACCACUGCAGAGGAUUCCAUAGUCUCUACCAGUAGCGACCUAGAAACGAUACAGUUUAAGUCAACAACGUCAACAUCCACCACAAAAACAAGUCCAAAAGUCACCACUAGAAAGACAUCACCUAAGACGACUCAGAGCAUCAGGCAACGGAUAGACGCCUUGGUCUCUUAUUUAAAACUGGACUAUCAUAAGCUGUCGUCUUAUAAGAGAACUUUAAUCUCUGUUUCCGAUACAAGAAUAUCUCCCAAAGUUUUUGCUGGUAUUGGCAUGUUUCUUGUACUAACUACUGUGGCCAUGCUGUCCUACAAAGACUUGGUCAAAAUUGGUCGGUACUUCAAGACUUUAUGUAAGACUAAAUCAGGCUUAAAAUAAAUCUGGGAUUAAAUUAUGUUUGGUAGAGAAGAAUUAUCUAAAGCAAAUCAACUUUCACCUUGUAACUAAUGUAAACAUUAUGGUUAUGUAUAGAUCUUUAAGAAAAAUUGUUUUAUCAUAGAACUAGCCAUUUCAAUAAGUGAUGCGAGCAUGUUUGUUUUUCUAUUAUUAAAAUUAUAUUUAUACAUUAAAAUGUU